UUGUUGGUCGAAGUUCAGUUCCGGCAUUCCCAUCUAAGAUACGGGAGACCUGGCCACAACCUCAAAAAUGAGGUCGGGUGUGAACUGGUGCAAGUGGAUGCGAAUGUUACUGAUAUUCACCGCAAUAUUUUUGUUUGGGUUUCUAAUUGGGUGGGUUGGAAGGCCCUGUGUGGAUAAGUUUCCGAUGAAACCUCAAACUAUUGGGAGCAAGCUGCUGAAUGAAAUGCAAGCUGAAAACAUGAGAGUAUAUCUGCGGAAUUGGACACGAUUUCCUCACUUAGCUGGAACUGAAAAAAAUCUCCAGUUAGCCCAACAGAUUCAAACACAGUGGAAGAACUGGGGACUGGAUUCAGUUGAAUUAGUUCACUACGAUGUCCUGUUGUCUUAUCCAAACAAAAACAAUCCUAAUUACAUCUCUAUUAUUGAUGAGAAUGGAAAUUCGAUCUUCAAUACAUCUUUCUUUGAACCGCUACCUCCUGGUUAUGAAAAUGUAGAAGACCAUAUCACGCCCUUUAAUGCCUAUUCGCCAGCUGGCAUACCAAUGGGUGAUUUAGUUUACGUUAACUACGCUCGAACCGAGGACUUCUUUCAGUUGGAAAGAGAAUUGGGUAUCAACUGCACUGGAAAAAUUGUGAUUGCUAGAUAUGGGAAAGUCUUCCGAGGAAACAAGGUUAAGAAUGCAAUGAAAGCAGGUGCUAAAGGAGUCAUCUUUUUCUCAGACCCUGCUGAUUACUGUGCACCAGGGGUGAAACCUUAUCCAGAUGGCUGGAAUCUUCCUGGAAGUGGUGUCCAGCGUGGAAAUGUAUUAAACCUGAAUGGAGCUGGAGAUCCUCUUACCCCAGGCUUUCCAGCUAAUGAAUAUGCAUUUAGAUUGGAUGAAGGUAUUGGCCUUCCAAAAAUUCCAGUUCAUCCAAUCGGCUAUAACGAUGCAGAGGCAAUACUACGUAACAUGGGAGGAAUUUCAGCCCCAGGUGAAUGGAAAGGGCAAAUGAAUAUUUCAUAUAACGUUGGACCUGGUUUCAAGAACAGUUAUUCCUCAAGCAAAGUCAGAAUGAAUGUUUAUACGAGAAAUGAGGUUAGACGAAUUUACAACGUGAUUGGCAAAAUUCGAGGAGCACUGGAACCAGAUCGGUAUGUCAUUCUUGGAGGGCAUCGUGAUGCCUGGGGAUUUGGUGGUAUUGAUCCAAUGUCUGGAGCAGUUGUUGUACAUGAGGCCGUGAGAAGUUUUACAAAGCUUAUGGAGGAAGGCUGGAAGCCCAGAAGAACCAUAAUAUUUGCCAGCUGGGAUGCAGAAGAAUUUGGAUUAUUGGGCUCCACAGAGUGGGCAGAGGACAAUGCAAAACUACUGCAGGAGCGGGGAGUGGCAUACAUCAAUGCAGAUUCAGCCAUCGAAGGUAACUACACACUCAGAGUCGACUGUAGCCCUUUGCUGUACCAGUUAGUUUAUACAUUAACCAAAAAGAUUCCCAGUCCUGAUGAUGGUUAUGAGGGAAAAUCCCUUUAUCAGAGCUGGUAUGAGAAAGAUCCUUGGACAGAAUACAAGAAAGCUCCGAGGAUAAGAAAACUGGGAUCUGGCAGUGAUUUUGAAGCUUAUUUUCAGCGACUUGGCAUUGCCUCUGGCCGUGUACGAUAUACAAAGAACAGGAGAACUGCCAAAUUCAGCAAUUACCCGGUAUAUCACAGUGCUUAUGAAACAUUUGAGAUAGUGGAGAGGUUUUAUGACCCAACCUUUAAGAAAAUUCUUACGGUGGCCCAAAUCCGAGGAGGACUGGUUUAUGAAAUAGCCGACUCUAUCAUCAUACCAUUUGAUUGCAGAGAUUAUGCUGAUGCAUUGACCAAUUAUGCAAAUGUCAUUUAUGAACAAGCCAAGCAGCAUGAAAUUCAACUUAACAAAUAUCAAGUUUCUUUUGACUCUCUCUUUUCAGCUGUACAUAAUUUUACUCGCAUUGCCACUGAUUUUCACAAACGGCUGGAAAAGAUCGAUGUCACAGACCCACUCGCUGUACGAAUAAUAAAUGACCAGUUGAUGCUCCUAGAAAGAUCCUUUAUCCACCAUAUGGGAUUACCUGGGAGACCCUUCUACAGGCACAUCAUUUAUGCUCCCAGUGCUCAUAAUAAGUAUGCAGGAGAAUCUUUUCCAGGAAUCUAUGAUGCUUUGUUCGACAUAGCAAAUGCUGCAGAUGAACACAAAGCCUGGCAAGAAGUGAAAGAGCAGAUUGCUAUUGCAUCCUUUACAGUGCAAGCUUCUGCUGGAACGUUAGAGGAAGUAUAACUUUAUUUCAUUUUACAGUUUUGAGAAGUUAAAUUUGGAGUUUAUGCUGUGACAAUAAGAUAUCUUGUCAUGAACAAUAACUUAGAAAACAAUUCUGUUUAUGCUCAACAUUAAAUGCAAUAUGUAUACUAUUCAUCGAUUGUAUACUAAAACUUUGUGUCAGUUAACUCAUUUGGCUGGAUAGGUGGUUUGUAAUGGAACAUAGUGGUGUCAACAGCAUGUGUUCAAUUCCCACACCAGCUGAGGUUGCUAUGAAAGAUUUUUCCUUCUUAAACCUUUCCUGUUGCCUGAGGCCUAUUGAUCUUUAGCUUAAAUCACCACCAAUUGUCUCUCUUUAAUGAGAUGGCAACUCUACUCUUAUAUUCUAAAACCUAGCUGAAAAUGAAUUGCUGGAAAAGCACAGUAGGUCAGGCAGCAUCCAAGGAGCAGGCGAAUCGACGUUUUGGGUAUAAGCCCUUCUUCAGGAAAUGUUCCUGAACAUUUUCCUGCUCCUUGGAUGCUGCCUGACCUGCUGUGCUUUACCAGCAACACAUUUCAGCUCUGAUCUCCAGCAUCUGCAUUCCUCACUUUCUCCUAUUCUAAAACCUACCCAACUAUACUAGUCAUGCUGUUGUAUUUUUCAAUGGUCAAUUUUUAAUUGACAGCGCAGUAUUCCAGGUAAUAUGUGACGUUAUAGAAAAGAUAUAGCUACAUGAGAACAAAUAAAAAUUAUGUUCAGUUGAUAUGCGAAAUAGAGAAACAAUGAAUAUUUUGACGAACUUAAAAUGAAUAGUUACAUGGUUACAAGAAGAAAUUAAAAUACGCAAGUAAUAAUAAGCGUAGAGUAGCAUCAACUUUGAGAAUUGGCAUUGGUUGCUGUCAAUUUAUGGAUAUGAACAUAAGAUUCUGAUUAAGUUCAGAAGUGUUUAUUAGCACAAGUUAAUAAAGAAUACAUUCAGCAACUGUUAUACUAUUAUACACUAAAAACAUUCUUCAAUAUUUCAUCUACAUUUUAAAAUUAUAGUGAGCUUCAAAUGUAAAAUAGGGGAUAUUUGACUAAUUUUUUAAUUGAUUGGAUUUGAAAACAAAAUAAACCGCACUUUAUGUGCACUGAAUGAAUCUUAAUUAAAUGUUAAAUUUUCAGCAGUACUUGGUCAAAUCACUGCCCCAAUGUCAAAACAUAAAUUCAGAAUUGAUGUCAUUUCCUCAAGUUGUAAGUGGGAAACAGUGCUCCACUUGACUCUGAUCUAGGAUUACUCCUACUUACUGAGUACAUCAACAACUUUGGGUUAAAUGAAUGGCAUUGUUCACUUCCCAGAGGAUUUUUUAGGAAAUAUGCUUGGCCAACAUUUUAAGUUUGAAGAAAAGGAUAGUACAGUGGCAGAGUGGUUAGCAUUGCUGUCUCAGCUCUAGAGAUCUGGGUUCAAUUCCAGCCUUGGGAGACUGUCUAUGUGGAGUUUGCAUGUACUCUCUGUGUCUGUGUGGGUUUCUGCUGGUGCUCCACUUUCCUGUGCAGGUGAAGUGAACUGGCCGUGCUAAAUUGUCCAAGGAUAUGUAGGCUAGGUGGAUUAGCCAUGAGAAGGUGGGGUUAUGGCUGUUGGGAGGGGGAUGUUCCUGGUGCAGACUUAAUGGUCCAAAUGUCCUCUUUCUGAACUCUAGGGACUCUAUGAAAAGAGCUGAGCCACAUAGAUUCAUUGAAGUAUUUAACUUGCAUUCUAGAAAUGGGUUUAUCUCCAGUUAACGUUUUUACUAGAAGUGGAAGUGAACAAGUUAGGUUUGAAUUUGAAGUUUUUUAAAAUUUUUAUCCUAUUUGUAACUGAAUCUAACUGUCAGCAUUGUUGAAUUUUAAGAAAGAACUGCCACUUGAUAUUGAGAUUAUUGCCCAUGUGGAGAAUAAUUACAAAAUGUUAUUAAGCUGAACUAAUUCAAUAUUAUAUCUUAAAUGUGAUCUUGUGUAUUUUUUGUAUGAUCUUCUCUGCACAUAAUUAACAUAUUUUCAGUGUUAGUCACAGUUCAGACAAGGCAAUUAACUCAAACUUUGUAU